AUGCAUAAACCACUUGACAAAAACUUUUUCGACGGAUCUGCACCAUUUGACGUACUAGAACCUGAAGGCACUGAAAUAUACAACCCGUACGAAUAUAAGUCAACUCCUAGUGAUAACCUUAGAGAGCAGGUCCGUAAGAUAUAUAGCCAACGUGUAUUCAAAAAUUUGACCGAAGAAAAUGACGAUUCCGAAAAAAUGGAAGAAAAAAAUGAACAGGGAUCGACGUCCGUAAAAGAUUUAGACGAUUUCUUGUCCAUGAAAAUUUCCAUCAGACAAUCUGUCGAGCAAUCGAACAAUGAGAUUGGAAUUGGAAUCGAUAUCUUGAAUUUAAUAUUGUCUUGUCGACCGGGAUUUAAUCCCGAUAACCCACUUCCAAUCAACCCUGGUUUAAUACAACACACUUGCCACGCCUAUUCCCCACCCACAAAACCAUUUGAAGUUCAGAAUCUCAAGCUGAUGCUGGGAAUGAAAAGAAAGCAAAUUAAAAACUCGGCAGAAUUACUAUUAAACGCAGCUAAAAAGCUUAAUGACAUCGUUAAAAAGGAAGAGAGCUUCUGGAGUGAAGCAUUGUCGUUAAGGGAACGCUACUGGAGCAUGUGCCGUGGCGGUAAAGAAAAAAAUGCCGGGCAUCAGAUUUUUGUCAAUUACGGAUAUUCUGAAGCUACCUCCACUUGCUUGGCACAAAUACUGAGAUCACCUGAAGAAAGGAAAAUCGUUGUAUCCUUACCUAAAAGAUCAAAGAGAGCAGUUAAACUAAAACUACAACAGAG